CACGUUUAUAACCGUUGUAACGUUUGCCACGGCUCAUGUGACGCUAUAUUUGUAUAGUUGCCUUACCUUACUGUUAUAUACACUUUGUUUUACAUUCACGUGUUUAAUCAUUGUUAUAUACCUUCACGUAUUUCGAUCACGUGUUUUCUUUGCUCACCGGAAUGCUGUAAAGUAAACGGGAGUUUGGUGUUUACCAUGUUUCCCGCGGUUCGUGAACACAGCACAGCGAACAUUGCUAGCAGCUGCCUGUGUUAGUGCGCUGUGUGAAGGAGGGGGGAAUGAGCUGAGCUGGAGGAAGCUUGUUCAGCCAUGUUAGUUUUCUCUGCUGUUCACGAACGAUGAGAGAGAGGAGCCAUGGCCUUGUCAUUGAGCGGAGACGAUGAGGAAUAUGAUUCAGAGUCUGAGCAGCGGGCGGCCAACCGGCCGAAGCCCAAGGUGGGGACGUCGUCGGCCGUUAAGCUGCCGUCCAACCGCAGCUCAUCCGGAGCCCGACGCAGGAGGACACGAUGCCGGAAGUGCGAAGCGUGCCUCCGGACCGAGUGUGGAGAGUGUCACUUCUGCAAGGACAUGAAGAAGUUUGGAGGACCGGGGCGCAUGAAGCAGUCUUGUAUUAUGAGACAGUGCAUUGCUCCGGUUCUGCCUCACACGGCGGUGUGUGUGGUGUGUAAGGAGGCGGGGAAAGAGGACACACUGGAGGAAGAGGAGGACAAGUUCAACUUCAUGCUGAUGGAAUGCUCGAUCUGCAACGAGAUCGUCCAUCCCAACUGCCUUAAGGUGUGCGAUGCCCCGGGAGUGGUGAACGACGAACUACCAAACUGCUGGGAAUGCCCCAAAUGCAACCACGCUGGGAAAAGUGGAAAAGUAUUGAAGCAAAAAAGGGGUCCGGGGUUCAAGUACGCCUCCAACCUCCCCGGCUCUCUGCUGAGGGAGCAGAAGCCCGUGAAGGAGGAGGGGGACGCAUCGACUGCAGUCAAGAGGAGACCGGACAGAGAGGAGACGCCGAGGUACAGACCCGAGGAGUCUCUCCACCGACAGCCGCCGCUGCUCUCCCCCAGCAACCUGCCCCGACCCAGGCCUGAGGACAAGCUGAGGAAGAAGAGGAAGCUGUUUGAUGACGAUGAGGAAGAGGAUCUCGGUUUGAGGAAGAAGGAAAAGUCAGAUGAUCCUUAUUUUUCCAAACUCCUACACAAAAUCAAGACAGAAGAGGAGGACGAAGACGCAUAUGAAGAGGAGGAUGAAGAAGGAAGGGAGCCUCACUUCCGAGGCGGUGUAGAGAGGAAAGGGCGUUUUAGAGACGCUGAAGAAGAAGGGGAUGAAAGGGACUCCAAGAAUGCACUUUUGAAUCCCUGCGUUAAAACGCCGGUUGGAGACAGUGACCAGUCCCUCUGCAGCUCUCCGCAGGCCGGGCCCAGCAGCGAGGGCGGGAGUGAGACCCAGGAAAAAGGUCCGCGUCCAAAAGCUCGCCGUAAGCGGCGUUUACCCAAUAGAGAGCUGAGCCGAGAGCUGAGCAAAGCACUGAACCAGGAAAUCCAGAAGACGGAGGACUGCCUGGCCAACGAGAACCGGCAACCCCUCAAGGUGGAGCCGGAGACGGAAAACGAGGAACCCAAGAGGUUGUUCCGCAACGGCAGUGAACUCGGGGACCAGAGGCCCCACCUCAAGACCAAAGAGAUGAACGGGACCCCCUGGGAGCUGCGCCACUUCUACCCGAGCCAGAUCACUCCGCUGGGCUUCAACAGGAGCACCCCGACCAACCGGCCGGUGCCCCCACACUCCCCGCCCAAGUGUGUCCAAAUGGAGAGGCACGUCAUCCGGCCGCCUCCGAUCAGCCCGCCUCCCGACAGGCUGCCUCUAAAAGAUGGUAAAAUGCACGUCAUACAGCGCGAGGUCUGGAUGAAGAUCUUUGGCUACCUCACACACCAGGAGCUGUGUGUCUGCAUGAGAGUCUGCAAGACGUGGAACAGAUGGUGUUGUGAUAAGAGACUUUGGUCAAAGAUCGAUCUGAACCGCUGCACCUCCAUCACUCCACUCAUGCUAAGUGGGAUUAUCCGCCGCCAGCCAGUUUCCCUGGACCUCAGUUGGACCAACAUUUCCAAGAAACAAUUGAGCUGGCUUAUUAAUAGAUUGCCAGGUCUGCGAGUGUUGCGGUUAUCGGGGUGUUCCUGGGCUGCUGUAUCUGCACUCUGCACCUCCAGCUGUCCUCUGCUGCGCACCUUGGAUGUCCAGUGGGUGGAGGGACUCAAAGACCCACAGAUGAGGGACCUCCUCUCUCCCCCCACAGACAACAGACCAGGUCAGCUGGAUAACCGCUGCAAAUUGCGGAACGUAGAGGACCUGCGGCUGGCGGGGCUCGACAUCACCGACACGUCUCUACGUCUCAUCUGUCGGCAGAUGCCUUCGCUGUCCAUGCUGGACCUCAGCUACUGCAACCACAUCAACGACCAGUCGGUCAACCUGCUGACAGCAGCGGGGACGACGACCAGAGACUCCCUCACAGACAUCAACCUGUCAGUUUGUAACCGGGUCACAGAUCAUUCUCUAAACUUUUUCAAGCGCUGUGGAAGCAUCUGUCAGAUCGACCUUCGCUUCUGCAAGCAGGUGACCAGGACGGCCUGCGAAAGGUUCAUCGCAGAAAUGUCUGUGAGCGUGCCGUUUAGACUGAAAGAGGACAAACUGCUGCAGAAGACGAGCUAGUUCCUUCCCAACAAUGAUCGAAAGACUGUCUUUGCACUUAUUGGAAUGAGUUUAUUUUCUUUUUGAAACUGGUCGCGUGAUGAGUCUCUGAAGUCGUCGCAGUAAACGAACUGAAACGAAGAGACGGACUCCUGGAUGGAGAUCUUAGACGGACAAACAUUCACUGGACAGAUGAAGAGGAAACGGAGUGCAUGUAUUUGUGUUGCGAUUGUACUUUUAUAAAGACGUGCUUGUAUUUUACUGUUGGGUUGUUUAUUUUUAUUACAGUAUUUUUAUACAAGCAUCAUUUCAUGGGUUUCCUACACGUCUCAGGAGCUGAAUAUCAGAGACUGCAUGGCAUGUGAACAGAAAAUGGUUUGCCUUCAUACAACGAUGUCUUCUAUGUGCCAAAAUCUGUAUUUGACAUUAUUGUAACUUCAGUAUCAGACAAAAAAAGAUAACCUGUACAGAAAUAAAUAUCUGAUUUAAAUUAUCAUAACUACUUCCCAAAUAUUUAGAAUGUAUUUCAAGAAAGAUAAACAAAUGUCCUAUUCCGGUUACACUCUCAUGUCUUCACUUACCUUUUUAAUACUUUUAUGAAUUGUUGAGUGUUGUGUUUGACAUUUCAACAUUAAUUUAUUAAUUUUGUUUUUUUUAUUGCAGUUUGUAUUUAUUCAUUUAUACAAUAUCUUGACAUGGAUGCCUCAGAACCGGAUCAAAUAAUGCUUGCAAAUAAUUUAUCGGGGUAGUGUGAUCCUGUUGCAGCGUCCAGUUGUUGGAGUUUAACACCUUAAAAUAAAUAAAGGUCAGUGGCAGGAAGUUGGCGGUCAUAACAAAAUGUGAAAUGUGAUUUACCUGACACUGACUUUCUAUAACGCAGUCGACCCCAGACAUCUGGUUACAGGUUUUAAGUAAAUAACCGAUUUGCAUAUUAAAUAAUAUCUCCAUACAGUAGGUGUCGUGUGUAUUUUGGGGUGUUGUGCUGUAAUCACCUCAGGUGAAUGUGGUAUUGUUUAUAAUUGUAAAUCCAAAAAGUAAAUGCUAAUAUGCAUUAAAAGAAUUUCAUUUGUACCAUCA